AUGAUACAUACAAUACCGAAUGCAGCAAUAGCAUAUCAGAAUAUAGUUGGUAUUAAAACUAUAUGGCAAAACCAAAUCGCACACCACGUCACAGAAUUGACAGCAAGACUCAACAACAGAAAUAACGUAGACAAAACAACGUGGAUGAAAUUAAAACAGGCCCAGCUUAAUUUAAAAAGCAGAAAAUGUAUAUUAGGUCUUAGUAUACAAAUACUAGAGCAGGUUAGCAAAAUUAGAAGAAAGUCUGCAGCUAUACAAAGAAAGGACCGAAAUUAUGAAUCUACUCGAAAAGAAGCAUAG